AUGAAGUUACAUGCAAUAGCAAUCUUUUUUUGUUAUUUAUUAAGUUUUUUAUGUUGUCAAGUUAAAGGAGAUUCAUGUGAUACUUAUAAUCAUCCACAAUAUGGUUUUGGUCAAUGUAUUCAUCAGAAUGACUGUCCAAAUUCUUUAUACCUUACUGGUUUCUGUGAAUCACAACCAUCUAAUAUCCAAUGUUGCUUUUCAUUAGAACCAAUAAAAGAAGAAUUUCGAGCUAUAUGGAUAGCUACAGUAAAUAAUAUUGAUUGGCCAUCAUCGAAAACAAUUACACCAUAUCAGCAACAAACAGAAUUGAUUCAUAUUCUUAAUACAGUUCAACGAUUAAAUAUGAAUGCUGUUAUCUUUCAAAUUCGUCCUGCUGGUGAUGCUUUCUAUGCAUCAACAUUAGAACCAUGGAGUUUCUAUUUAACUGGUACUCAUGGUGUUGCACCAUCACCAUUAUGGGAUCCAUUGACAUUUAUUAUUAGUGAAGCACAUAAAAGAAAUAUUGAAGUACAUGCAUGGCUUAAUCCAUAUCGUGCUCGUAUGACAGGUGCUACCUAUGAAUUAGCUUCUAAUCAUAUGGCUAAACGCUUUCCAAAAUAUGCAUAUCCAUAUGAUAAUCAUAUAUGGAUGGAUCCUGGCUCAGUCGAAGUUCAACAAUUUACACUUAAUGUUACUGAUGAUAUAGUUCGUCGAUAUAAUGUGGAUGCUAUUCAUAUUGAUGAUUAUUUUUAUCCAUAUAGUGAUGGAACUGAAUUUCCUGAUGAGGCAACAUAUGUUGCUUAUCAACAACAAGGUGGACUACUAAAUAAAAGUUACUGGCGUCGUUCAAAUGUCAAUACACUCAUAGAAGCAAUGUACACACGAAUGCAUAUUAUUCGGCCAAAAGUAAAAUUUGGUGUUUCACCAUUUGGUAUCUGGAGAAGUGGAGUGCCAGCUGGUAUAAGUGGUCUUUCGUCGUAUGAUAGUUUAUAUUGUGAUAGUCGAAUGUGGUUAGAACAAGGUUUAGUUGAUUAUAUGGCACCACAACUGUAUUGGCCAAUUGACCCACCAGCACAAUCUUAUCCUGUUUUACUUAAUUGGUGGAUAAAUCAAUCUACUAAAGGACGUCAUGUUUAUGCUGGAAAUGCUGCAUAUAAAAUGGCACAAGGUGCUGUUCAAUAUGAAGCAAGAGAAAUAGCUCGUCAAGUAAAUGUAACUAGAUCAAUGCGUGAUCGAUUAGCCCUUGGUAAUAUUUAUUUUUCAACAAAAGAUAUUAUGAAUAAUAUCAAAGGUAUUCAAACAGUACUCGCUGAACUUUACAAACAAAAAGCUAUGAUUCCAAAAAUGAAUUGGCUUUAA